GCACGCUCUGCUGUAAAUUAAGACUGUAAUGAUGCAGAUGUGCUUUGUGUGUUUUUAUGGGAUACGCACAGACAGAGUGAGUGCAGUGCGGAUCACAUUCAAACAGGUGUGAGGAGCAGAAACAAUCCCAGGUGGCGCAUGUUGAUCGGAUAUGUGGCUGUACUGGAGCUCAUUGUGAGCCUUUUUUUUAAAGGGUUGAGCAACCUGCAUCUGAAAAUAGUGUAUACUGUUGGAAAGUAGGUCGGUAGGAACUGAGAGCGACGUUUGUUUCCACGCUUUUGUCUGUUCUUUGUUGUUUAGCGAGGACUGUGUUUUUUUUUCUUCUUCCUCUACCCUUUUACGCACAGGUGGGAGAUACCCGCUCGGCGUACUGUAGGACAGCCCCCCUCUCUGCUCCUCAGCUGAUGAUGUGAGGAAGUGACAUUUUUCAGCGCUGCGGUUCGGGACAGCACUGCUCCUCUGCAAACAGGUGUGCUGCCGUCCGGGUCACUUCGGCUGAGGGAAAGCAUCACGGAGAGGCAGCGUCCCAGAACCAGAACCAGAAAAUAUCCAGGACGCGGGACAGCGGGGACCAGCGGAGGCGAAUCAGCCCGUUCAAGUAUUUUCUUUAUUAGCCUGGGCUAUUUAAACAGAGAGAGAGAGGCAGAGAGAGAGAGGCAGAGAGAGAGAGAAGGAGAGAGAGAGCGAGAGAAAGAGAGCAAGAGUGGGGGAGAGCAAGAGUGGGGGAGAGGGAGCGAUGGCAACGAAAAAGGCGUGCGUGGAUGCGACCAAAAGGAGCCGGAGCCCGGUCGUGUUGGAGGCGGAGAUGUUCAGUGAAUUUCAGGACUGGUGUCUCCGGACUUAUGGAGACUCCGGUAAAACAAAGACCGUCACCCGGAGAAAAUACAACAAAAUCAUGCAGACACUGUUGCAGAACGACGAGACGGACGGCGUGUAUAUCGACAACAGCCACAUUAACGCCAAAUUCAAAUUCUGGGUGAAGUCCAAAGGAUUUCAGGUCGGGACCAACGUGUUAGGAGAGCACAACAAGAAAGGAGCUCCAGGGAAACCCGUGCUAUAUGUCCCGGUCAAGUCAACGUGUUCAGAUGGGAAUUCAGCCCAGGACAACUCUUCCCUGAAGCGUGUAGCCGUGGUGGAAGACUUCUUCGACAUCAUUUAUGCCAUGCAUGUAGAGAUGGGUGCAGACCCCGGCAGAGCGCCCAAACAUGCAGGACAGAAGAAGACCUAUAAAGCGAUAGCAGAGACCUACGCCUUCCUGCCCAGAGAGGCGGUGACUCGCUUCCUAAUGAGCUGCGGAGAGUGUCAGAAGAGGAUGCACAUCAACCCCAGCACAGCCGAGUUCAAAGAAAAUGACCGGCCCACCUCUCUGGUCCCGGACCUCAUUGAUUACAACAUGCCUCUGACUGCCACCUACUUGAAGCAGAUGAAACUGCAGUGCAUGACGGCCACUGAGAGGGAUGACAGUUCGAUGAGCAGCGAGGACAUGAACAGCGCUGAGCCCACAUGGGUCGCAGCUGAGCAGCCCCCAGUGCCUGAGCCCAGCCCACCCAACGGGGAGAGAGUCAGCAACCCGGCAGCCAGCGUGAAAGAAGAGGACGAUGACGACUCCUCAGAGAGCGGCAGUGCCAACGGGCUGCCGGCCCUGACCUCCCCGGAGGUGCUGGCUGUGGGUGGGAACCCCCCAGAUGGUGGGGCCCCUUACGGGGAGGCGACAGAGAACGGGCUCAGCGCUCCCCUGGACUUCAGCACCACCUCGCCCUCGUCCUCCUCAGAGGAUCAGCAGCCGGUCAAUCUGAGCGACAGACUGCUGCCUGCAGGAAGCUCGCCGACGAACUCGUACCCAGCGGAAGCCAAUCGGAAGUACCCCGUCAAAACAGAGUUCGCCAACAAGUCCCCUCCGUACAGCUCAGGAAGUUAUGACUCUGUGAAAACCGAGCUGAGCAUGAGCGCCGAGGACUUGACCUCUGGUCGGGCACAGAUAAUCGACGACGACGAUGACGAUCAUGACGACCACGACGACAGUGACAAGAUCAAUGACGCUGAGGGGAUGGACCCCGAGAGACUUAAAGCCUUCAAUAUGUUUGUGCGUCUGUUCGUGGAUGAGAAUCUGGACCGCAUGGUGCCCAUCUCCAAACAGCCCAAGGAGAAGAUCCAGGCCAUCAUCGAGUCCUGUAGCCGCCAGUUCCCCGAGUUCCAGGAGCGCUCCCGCAAGCGCAUCCGCACCUACCUCAAAUCCUGCCGCCGCAUGAAAAAAGGCGGUAUUGAGAUACGACCCACACCUCCUCACCUCACCUCUGCCAUGGCUGAGAACAUCCUCGCUGCUGCCUGCGAGAGCGAAACCAGAAACGCUGCCAAGAGGAUGCGGCUUGAUGUCUACCCAGCGACGGAUGAGCCCUCGUCUGUUGACAAGACCAACGGGAGGGACCCGGCCCCCGUGACUCCGUCAGCGUUCUCCAUCUCCAGCGCAGCUUUUGCCCAAGACCAGCUCUACACCAACGGAGGCCUCAACUACAACCUGCGAGGGUACGGGACAGUCGGCAGCAACCAGCAGAACUCUGGUGCUGCACAAACUAACGGUCCCACAGAUCUGAGUAUGAAGUCCGCUGUUCCCAACUCCACCUCCGCCAGCUCCAACAGUCACGGUCAGGGCGGCGGCGGUGGAGGAGCUUCGGCUCAGCUCAGCCCGCCCGAGGUCACAGCGGUGAGGCAGCUCAUCGCCGGAUACCGGGAGUCAGCCGCCUUCCUGCUCCGCUCUGCAGACGAGCUGGAAAACCUGAUCCUGCAGCAGAACUGAGCCCUAAAGCCUGAUAAUCAUCUCUCCGUCACACAUUUGGGGGCCGACUUGCAUUCAAAGACACAAAAAGAACACGAGUGAUACUGCAGUGCACUGUGGGUCCUUUAGGUAUGAUACCUUUACUUAUUCCCACAUGUAUAUGUAUUCUGACGGGCAAGAACGUGUCCCAGGCUGUUUCUUUAUGCAUUCGGUUCACUUUGACCUUAGUGCCCUGUUAUCCGUAGCCAUUCAUUCACCAUUCAGUUCAUCUUAACACCUCAACCUCCAUUCGUCUCAGGAAGUGAUGAUAAAUGUGAAAAAAAAAAAAGUGAUCUGCAUCGAUACGCAGGGGAGUUUCAGAGGUGUUCGCUGUGACUUAAACACCAGAUUUGGCUCAUUUGUGUAGAUCUUUUGGAGAAAUUAAGAGUCAAAAAGCAGCAGUCCUUUCUUAUCUCCUUGUUCUUACUUUUUUUUUUUAACGAUGUAAAAUAUGCUGUACAGUGGCACAAUCUGAUUGGCUCCUCUCUCCAAAUUAACUCCUGCUUCACGGAAAACCUGGAGCGUUGUUUUCUGACAGCCCAUCGAUGAAUCGCUGCUAAAUCCACUGACCUGUUCACCUCAAAAAGAUACUGAAGGAUGUAGAAAAUCUAAUCCAUGAGCGAGAACAAAAGAAAACCAGGAACAACACUGAACAGUUUUCACCUGUAAAUUCUUACAAAGAAAUCAACUGAUGUGGUCAAAACUUUACCUCGGCUCUGCUCUGUUGGAGUGGUUUCCAGAUUGUUUUGGCAUGGCGUGAUGAAGAGGCACAGACUCAUUAUCCUACGUGAGUUUAUUUUCAGUUUAAUUGAUAUGACUAAUUCUAUCACAGAUAAUUAGUUUUGACUCCAAAUGAAAAGGAGGCUUUUCAGAAGCAUGGGUAUGCAAAUUGAGGUUGCAGGCAUCUGUCAGGGAAACAAAGGAGAUUAAUGUAUUGUUUAGACUCUUGGUUUUUUAUAACCAAUGCGACUGGAAAAGCAGAGAAAGGUGCAAUAUCAAAGAUAAUCAGUAAAGGUGGUCUUACUGAGAAGGCUUUGUCUCACUCGCUCAACAGUUUUGAGGCAAAAAUGGGAGGAGUCGUUGACAAGAAUCUCCUCGCAAGUUGUUAAAGGAGAACCUGUAUCCCAUGCAGCAUUGUAGCCGAUAUCAAUUGUUGUUUGUUGUGAUCCUUAUCGAUUAACCUCAUAACUGGGGCACUUUCAUGUAUUUGGGAUCAGCAGUGGUAAAAAAAAAAAAAUGGAAAAAUGGGACCUGGCAGAAAAAUGAGACUUAAUGUUGCACGUCUGAUUUUGAAGUCAUUUUGUGAAGUUCUGUGAGUGUUUUUGAAGUGAAAACGAGCUCACGUGCAUCCAUUAGUGACGGUCAAACGGUAUCAGCUUAACAUACACACGGCUUUACUGGAUGCAGUGAGUGUGUGUGGGCUGCUCAGACAGUUUAAAAAAAAACAAGAAAAAAAAACACUCCCAUCAUCAAGCCGUCUGGCGGUGUGUAUCAUCCUCUCUGACCUCAGCACCCUCUCUCUCUCAUCUCCACUCAUCGAUAUCACGUCUGAAAAACACACUGUUUGAAAAGCAAGAGACAAUCUUUGAAAAGAUGUUAUCGCAUCACAGUUUACUCUCCCAGCUUUCUGCUCUGCUGUGCGUGUGUGUGUGUGUAAGUGUGUGUAAGUGUGCGUAAAUGUGAGUGUGCGUGUGGUCUAAGGGCACAACAGAGCACUCAAAGCAGAUCUAGAGCACAGUCUCACAACAGACACUUUUAACAGUGAGUCACUCGGCACAAAAAACAGUCAUGUAAGUGUGUGUAUGUGGUGUGUGUGUGUGUGUGUGUUUUAUUUUAUUUUUUUGAGGUGAUGUAAAUGUUAUUGACAGUGUGUAGAUUUCUCUCGUGUGUGUAAAAGUGGAGUGACCCAGUUUGUACGGCAUCAAUCUGUGAAGAUUUUAUGAAUCCAGUCGGCUGAAACAUUCCAAACACGGACGAUGACUCUUCGAGGCAGCCUGAGAAGAGGCUCGCACCUUAUCAAUCCGUCAAGGUUUAGAGAAAUAUUUCUUUAUUUAUCACAAAUCUAUCAAAGUUAUCGGUUAUUUAUCAUAAAUCAGCGUCAUUCACCACCAACAGGCUGCUCUAGAGUUGGAUUUCAAACUUAAAAAAACCCCCUAAUUUUUACAUUUUAUUUCCUAUAUCAUAUUGAGCUGCAUUGCAUUUACAUUUGAAUGAUCUAUUGCAAGUUUGGAAGCACUUUAUAGCUCAGGAUUAAGGUAACAUAACACAGAGAUUGGCGUGUGUCUUUACCUCAUUUGGAUGAUGAGAUUCAGUGUAAACAUGUAAAGAUCUUAUAACAGGACAGUUAAAGAAGCAGCCCUCUGUCUGGAUGUUAUUGAUGAUUUAAAAAACAAAAAAAACAAGCAGCUCUUGGUUUGGAGCUGAGUUUGAACUCAUCAGUUUGUAAAGUGGGCGGUGUUUCAUGAAGCGGGGCGUCGAGAGAAAAGCGUGAAGAAC